AUGAGAGAGAUGGAAAGACACAUGUCAUCACGAAACACAACGACUAUGGAUAUUGUGGAUCGAGAGAAGAAUCUCUCUGUGGAUCCGAUUUUUCUGGUUUCGGCCGAAUGUCUGGCCAUCACCUCGGCGAUGCGCAAAAACGCGCGGUGGGCCAACUCGGGCGUGUCGAGCAUCCUGCGAGGCCCCAGUGACACCAACGGGCGGUCGGGAUCGGACAUUCGCUCGCGUCUGGGCCUCCGAACCCGAGGCAGUGAGUUCACGGCUGCCGUGGACGCCCACCAUCAUCACCACCACCAUGAGAGCACAGAGCGGGGUCCCGACGACCCGCUGAUUGAGGCGUUUGCGCGUCUGCGCGUGGCGGUGGCACAGCUGGACUCGCUGGAGCACUUUGACAUGUACCAGCUGUUUCUGCCGUUCAUCGAGGUGAUCAGAUCCCCGUCCACCACCGGGCCCAUCACCGCCAUGGCCAUCACCGCCGUCAACAAGUUCUUCGACUACAACAUUGUCAGCACCCGCAGCGUCAACCUGCAGCAUGCUGUGUGCCAGCUCAGUAUCGCCAUCACCCACUGCCGGUUUGACGCCACCGAUCAGGCCGACGACGACGCCGUGCUGCUCAAAAUCCUCAAGCUCAUGGACACCCUCGUGGGCGGCGCCUCCGGCGAUCUGCUCAACGACGAGUCAAUGUGCGAGAUUUUCGAAACGUGUCUCUCCAUGGCGUGUCAAUUGCGACGGUCCAACGUCCUGAGACGCUCGGCAGAGAACACCAUUCUCGAUAUCACUCAGAAGGCCUUUUCCAAGCUGCGACGAUUGGAGCCCGAACAGGAGAUCCCCGUCGGAGCUCCAAUUGCUCAGGAAGAGGUGGUUGUUAACGCCCCGGGUGUUGUGGACACUAUCGUGAGGGAGGAAGGUGCUCCUGGUGAGGAGCCCAAGGAGGAGCCCAAGGGGGAGACCAAGGAGGAGACCAAGGAGGAGACCAAGGAGGAGACCAAGGAUGAGGUCAACGAGGAGCCCAGCAAGGAGCCCAACGAGACGCCCAGGGACCAGAAAGGGGAAAAAGACGAAAAGGAGAUGGCAGCAACUGAAACUACCACCUCCUCCACAUCCACAUUCGGAAUUCCAGCAAUCCGGGAAUUCUACCGAGUCCUCACCUCUAUCCUGGACCCCGCAAACCACCACCAGUACACAGAAAGCACACGAGUCAUGUCGUUGCAGCUCAUCAACGUGGUCUUCGAGGUUGCCGGAAAAGAACUCACCAAGCACCACUCGCUUCUCCAGAUCACCACAGACACCCUGUGCAAGCAUCUGUUCAAAAUCAUCCGAAUGGACUCUCUUCCGCUGGUCCAGGGCGCUCUGCGGGUCAUCUCCACCAUGCUGCAUACUACACGUUCUCAUCUCAAGUUGCAGCAGGAGUUUCUCUUGGUCUACUUUAUGAGUUGCUGUUGUCCCCUGGAUGGACCCUCGGAUGAUCCCUCUUCCGAUAUCACUGCUCCGUCCAUUCUGCUUGAAAAGAACUUCAACUACAGUAACAGUCAGUUAGGUGAGAUUAGUAAGCCUGGCACUCCCAGACCGGAUUCCAGCUCUCCAGGUGCUGAUGAUAACAUAAACGGCACUCCUAGCCCCACUCAGGCACAGUUUGCCACUUCGCGAAGCCCCGAGAUCCGAGAAGCAAUGGUCGAGACGCUCUCCACGCUGUGCAGAGAGCCGUACUUUUUCGCAGAACUGUUUCUCAACUUUGACUGCGACGUCGACCGGGUUAAUCUGUGCGAAAACAUGAUGCAGUUUCUGUGCCGGUCUGCAUACCCUGAUGCAGCCCAGUGGUCGUCUUCGUCCGUGCCCCCAUUUUGUCUCGACGUUGUUCUUCAACACCUUUCCAAGCUGGUUGGUCGACUAGAUCAAAAUGGAGACGAUAAGAAGGAGGCUGCUUCUGAGCUCGUGGCCCGAAAAGCCCGCAAGAAGGAAAUCGUCGAGGCCAUUGACGCCUUCAACGUGAAUCCCAAGGUGGGUAUUCAAAAGUUCCUGUCUGGAGGUCUCAUCAAGGACACUUCGCCUACUGAGAUCGGCUCGUUCCUGUUCCAGUCGUCACGAAUCAACAAGGCCAAGCUCGGUGAAUUCCUUUCCAAGCCCGCAAACCUGCCCACGCUCAAGGCAUACACUGCGCAGUUUGAUUUCGAUGGCAAACGAGUUGAUAUGGCGCUGAGACAGUAUCUCUCUGCGUUCCGACUCCCCGGCGAGUCGCAGCAGAUUGAGCGAGUCAUGGAGUGCUUUGCCGAGCACUACUCGUCCUUCUCCGAGAACCAGUCCGUGGUGAAAAACUCCAACGACGGUGUGGUGCUCUGUUUCUCCAUCAUCAUGCUCAACACAGACCUGCACAACCCGCAGGUCAAGAACCACAUGUCGCUGGACCAGUACAAGCGCAACUUGCGGGGUCAAUGCGACGGUCAGGACUAUGAGGCUGAGUUUCUCGAGUCCAUUUACAACGACAUUAAGACGCGAGAGAUUGUCAUGCCCGAUGAGCAUGACUCCAACGAGUCCUUCGAGCACUCGUGGGGCGAGCUGCUGAUGAAAACUGACCAGGCGGGGCUCAUGACGACCGACCUUAACUCGAACGCGUUUGAUCGGUACGUGUUUGAGGUCACGUGGCGGCCCAUUGUGGCCAUGUUGACACGUGUCUUUUCCGCAGCUACGGACGACGCUGUCUUCAGCCGUGUUAUUUCCGGUCUGGACCAGCUGGCGUCUCUGGCAAGUGACUUUGACAUUGACGAGGUCAUUCACGUGAUUCUGGACCGUGUGGGAGGUAUUAUGGCGGCCCUGGGCGAACCGAUUGACAGUCUACAGAACAUUGACGUGUGGGUGGACCCCAGUCAGACGGAUCCCAUCACGGUCUCGGAUCUUUCUGUGCAGUUUGGACUCGAUUUCAAGGCUCAGAUUGCCGCGGUGGUCUACUUUACGAUCGUGUCCAACCACAGCGAGCACCUGAGCGACGAUGUGUUUGUGUUUGUGGCCAAGGUGCUCAACAACAUUUACGAGAACGGUCUACAUCCUACUCCGUUGUUUGGUGCGUUUGAAAGCACCGAAAAGAGUGCAUUUAAGAAUGAUUUGCCUCGAAUUGCCGCUCCAAACAAAUUUAAAAAGUACGAGAGCGGCAAGGAGGGCGUGGGUCUUCUGAGUACGCUGUCUUCGUACCUCACGGGAGGCUACAACGAAAACAACCAACCUACUGACGAGGAGAUUGAGGCUACUUUGAGCGCUCUAGACUGCCUGGCGAGCUGCAAGGUGGAUGAGCUGUUUGGGCGACUUCAGACCGGUGAAGAACCGACUGUUCAGUUCGUUAAUGCCCUUACUGGAGUCCCCUCCAUCUACUCGUUCCAUCUGAUGGCACUGCUGGGCCAGAAGAACAGCCAUGUGACUACACUAGUGAUAGACCGGUUCGGCGACUCUCUGGACGACGGUGCUACUAUUAAUUAUCUUGCAGGAUUGCAGAAGGACAGUGGAAAGCUCUUCGCGCAGCUUCUCAAGGUUGACUCUGAGGUUCUGCGUUCUCUGGCUCCUGAAAUCGACUCUCUGAUCCUCUCCUUUGCUCUGUUUGACAACACGGACUACCUGGAAGUGGUCAAGAUCCUGGCAUCCAACGUGGCAUCCAGCGAACGGGUGUUUGAGUUAAUUGAAAAGCACGUGGACGACAUUCCCGUGGCCAACCUCGUGUCCAUUCUUGACGAGUUUGUGUCAGUGUCGUCCGUGGGCGCUCCUCUCGAGCAGCGAGGUCUUGUUUUGGACUCUCUGACUGCGUCCAGCUCUGAAAAGGACGUGGAUAAGCUGCUGAGCAAGGUCAAGUCCAAGAGGGAGGACACCAAACAGACCGUGGAGCACGUUAUUCGCGGCCUUAAGGCCCUACAACUCGCGCACAAGGCAGCCUUCACACACAACACCUCUGCAUACAUUGAGUUCCUGGCUCAUCAGAGCUAUAAUCCUUGUCGGCGAAUCCGAUCCGAGACUCUCAAGACUCUGGAGAACCUGUUGCGAGACAAGGAGAUCUACUCGCAGCCCGGGUUUUCGUGGGAAGAGAGUGUGUUUGAAAACGGGCUGUUCCCGCUAGUCAAGGAGCUGCUCAAGCCUGAGGUGUACGAACUGGAUAGUGCCGGAAUGGGCUCCACGCGAGUCAAGGGUGCCAUGCUGCUGUGCCGAACGUUUUUGCAUUACGUUGAUGCGGCUGAGGCCAAUGGAGGCGAUUUCGAUAGCGUGCACGCGCAGGUGAUCCAGCUGUGGCUGACCAUGCUUACCAUGCUGGAUCGGCUCAUGUCGUCGUCUUCCGACGCGCAGGAGGCGCUGGUGGAGUCGCUCAAGAACGUGCUGUUGGUGCUGGUGUCGUCCAAGCAUCUGGAUCCCCAGCAAGGCGGCUCCGACUGGGACGAUUCGUGGAACCGGCUCGACCAGUUUGUGCCGGGUUUAAGAACCGACUUGUUCCCGGAUAGCAAGGAGCCUGAGGUCAAGCGGGCUACGUAG